GCCUGAUACAGCAGAAAAACACGCCACCGCCGUCGUUCAUAUAUCUUCGGUCGCGUCCCGCCUGAACUCGGGGUGGUUGAUCAAUUCGAUUAUCGAUUUCCCUCAUGGCUGCAAGGCGUUAAGACCGCGCUUUAAUUAUUCGAUACAUAGAAGCAAAAACGAAAAGAAGAACAUCAUGGCCGGACGGCCACGGUGGGUCCUACACUUACAGGCGCAAUUCUGGCGCGUCCUCAUGGGCAUUGGGAUGAUGCUCCAUCGCCUCGCGCGCCCCUUGCCACCAUCUCCUUCCUUCCACAAACACAUCGAUGCGACUGUGUCCCCUCUUAAGGGGAAGUUUAGACUGCAGUUUUACGUACCGAAGGACUAUCAUGCGCAGAAGAGGCUGAAGGGCAAGAGAUAUCCAUGUGUUAUCAAUUUCCACGGCGGCGGGUUUACCCUAGGAACUGCUCGUGACGACGCCAGGUGGGCCGGCGUGGUCGUCGAACAAGUGGGAGCAGUGGUUGUAAGUGUGGAUUACAGGCUUGCACCCGAGUUCCCGUUUCCUACGGCCGUGGAAGAUGGAGCAGAUGCAAUCUUGUAUCUGGCCCGUAAUGCGGAUCAAUUGAUGCUGGAUCCAGCGCGUUUCGCGGUGUCGGGGUUCUCCUCGGGCGCGAAUAUGAGCUUCACGGUGCCUUUGUGUCUCCAAGGUGAGCUGUUGGACAAAACGCCCUCGGGGACUCCAAUCCAGAACCACCGUGGUAGUGUUCCUGCUCAACUUGCACCACCACCGACAUCAUCAUCAAACCUCUCGCCAAAUUCCUCACGAAUCGGUCUCACGCGGCAAAAGUCCCGUCUAGAUCGAAUAGCCAUGCUUCGCCAAACAGGAACAUCCUCCCUCUCCCUCGUUUCCUCGUACAAGGACGGCGCAGCUGUCUCCGUUAUCACGCAAGACACUGAGGUCAAAAUCAGAGGCAUAGUGUCCUUCUAUCCGUCCACAGACUACACGCAAACGCGCGAACAACGUCGCCAAACCUGCUCGCGAACAGACCAACAGCUCCCCGCUGUUUUCACCGAGCUAUUCGACGACUCGUAUCUUCAACCCCCUAGCCUGGAUCUCUCUCAUCCCUGGCUAAGCCCCGGCGUGGCUCCUGAGCACAUGCUUGCUGUCUUGCCCGACGACAUCGUCCUAUUCACCUGCGAGUGGGACAUGCUCUUAGCCGAAGGCGAACGAUUCCGAGACAGAUUGGUAAAUGAUCUAAAGAAACGAGUACAUUAUCACUGCAUCCCAGGUGUCCCGCACGGGUGGGACAAGGCGCCGAAUCCCCUUCGAGAGUCUCCUGGCGCUCGACAGCAGUAUAUGGUGGCUUGUCGAGAGUUGAAGAGGAUGUUUGAUCUUGAGCAGGAUGGCGAAGACGUGCUAGUGUUUUGGGUUGAUGCUUCGUAUAUAUACCCUGUUGGCAUGGGGAUUGGUAUUCAGGAGAAGGCGUUGGAGGAUAUGUAUGAACGAAAACUUCAGAAACCCCAUUUUGGCUUCGAUGGGGUUUGGUUUCUUCGAAUCAAACCCUUGCAGUAUUUGAUUCUACGAAGGGGUUCUGUAAUCCCAGUCCCCAUUACUCCUAACCUUUAUAUGACCCUUUCACGGCUCUGUUUCUAG